UGCGUUUUGAAAGCCAUGUGGUGUUGCACGAAUGUCACCUGUCAGUGAUGUGGUAGCUGUUCUGUGGUGAUGUUUAUGAAGCAACAUGAUCAUAAAACUAACCAACCCAUCUACAAAACUCAAAUCUUUAAACUACGCACGUGUUUUCCUGAAAAGACAACAGAUUUUUUUAGGGAGAUUGAACUGGCUGCAGACGACGUCGUCAUGUUUGUCAACAUCAAGAUCUCAAGAACAGAGACCGGAUAAAAAACCGUUUUAUGUGUCGACCCCGAUUUUCUACGUCAAUGCCUCUCCUCAUAUCGGUCACCUGUAUACUGCGCUGGUUGCUGAUUCCCUGUCCAGAUGGAAGAAGUUGAAAGGGUACGAGACAUUCUUCGCCACCGGUACAGACGAACAUGGAUUGAAGAUUCAACAAGCAGCCGGAAAGGCUGACAUUGCUCCCAAAGUUUUCUGUGAUGAAGUCUCAAGCAAGUUUAAGGACCUGUUUGAGAAGAACGAUAUAAAGUACGACACGUUUAUUCGUACUACAGAUGAUGCUCAUAUAAAGGCUGUCCAUCAGUUAUGGAAUGUGCUGAAUGAGAAAGGAUUUAUCUACAAAUCUUUAUACAAGGGCUGGUACUGUGUUUCUGAUGAAACUUUCGUUUCUGAAAACGAUACUACAGAUGUUACGACGAAAUCAGGAGAAUCACAAAAGGUGUCUGUGGAGAGUGGUCAUCCCGUUAUAUGGAGUGAAGAAGAAAACUACAUGUUUACAUUGUCACGCUUCAAGCCUCAACUACAGCAGUGGAUAGACACAGGAGUGAUUCAGCCUCCGGAGUUCAAAAGAAUUGUACAGGGACAUUUAGAUGACUUAUCUGAUUUGUCUGUAACUCGGAGCAGUGACCGCGUGUCAUGGGGUAUCUCUGUACCAGGUGACCCCAGUCAAAAGAUAUAUGUGUGGCUAGAUGCUCUGACCAAUUACCUCACUGUUACCGGUUACCCUGGCGAUGAGUAUCGGAGUCUUUGGCCCGCAGACUGUCACGUGGUAGGCAAAGAUAUUCUAAAGUUCCAUGCAGUGUAUUGGCCAGCCUUUCUGCUAGCAGCAGGCCUGUCUCUGCCAAAGAAAAUACUGUGUCACUCCCAUUGGAAAGUGGACGGGGUUAAGAUGUCAAAGAGCCUGGGUAACGUUGUGGACCCACUUGAUUGUAUGCCCAAAUACACAGUUGAUGGUCUGCGCUACUUCCUAUUGAGGCAGGCCACUCCUCAGAGUGACGCUGAUUUUAGUGAGACGAGGAUUGUAGAAGUUAUAAAUAGUGAACUGGUGAAUACCAUUGGGAAUGCACUGAGCCGGAUUUCUGGUAAAGCAGUCAAUCCUUUACAAGUGUUCCCCAACCCAUCAGCUGAGGCCCUGCGUACAAAGUUCACAACCGAGGACCGUCAACGACUGGACCAGCUCUAUGGACUAGCAGAUGAAGUGGAUAGAUUCUAUGAAGAUGGAAAUGUGUACUUGGUAUUACAGACAGUGAUGGACUAUAUGUUCUGGGCAAACAAACUGAUCCAAGACCAUGAGCCCUGGGUCCUAGUGAAAACGGAGAGUGAAAAGGAACAUUUAGACACACUUAUUUAUAUUGCUAUGGAGACACUGCGAGUUUGUGGCAUUCUAGUCCAGCCAGUGGUCCCUGAUUUCUCCUCCAGACUUCUCACUAGAUUAGGGGUACCAGACUCUGAAAGGGACAUAGUUCAUUCUAAGGUCAAAGUUCAACCAGCAUCAUCCGGAUAUGUACAGAUACUGAAUCCAACGGAAUCUGUAUUGUUUAAAAGAUUAAAAUAGCAGAGACCAGCAUCUGUUUGUGUGGAACGCAAAUUAAAUUGUCAAGAGCUUUAUAAAAUGUUGUCAUAUGAAAAAAUAAAUUAUUUGAAGUGAUGAAA